AUUAAGAGUGGACUCAGUUUCCGCAGCGCCUUCUUCCACUGCAAGAUGAACACCGUUCUGCCUUGCCAAGACCAGCACUUUGUAGGAGGCCAGAGCUAUAAUUGCCCGUAUUCCACUACAACGUCAGAAUCUAGUGUUGACGUUUCCACGGAGACUUGGGUCUCUUUCUGGGCUGCUGGUCUCCUGGACAACAGAGAGCCCCAACAAGCACCACAGGCACAGGAAUCAUCCAGUGACUCGAAUUUCCCUUUUCCUAACUCUUGUUCAUGGGAAGAGGCUCAGCUUUCCUCUCAGCUCUACAGAAACAAGCAGCUCCAAGAUACUCUGGUGCAGAAGGAAGAAGAACUUGCUAGGUUACAUGAAGAGAAUAAUCACCUCAGACAAUACCUGAAUUCUGCUUUGGUUAAAUGUCUUGAGGAAAAAGCCAAGAAAUUGCUAUCAUCAGAUGAUUUCUCCAAAGCAUAUGGAAAAUUCAGAAAGGGGAAGAGGAAACCCAAAGAGCAAAGAUAUUUUCCUCCUGAGAUCCCCCAUCGCAAAAAUGUCAAGAGAAACCUCUCUAGUGAAUUUGCUAACUGUGAAGAACAACCUGGGCCCCCUGUGGACCCCUGGGUCCUUCAAACACUUGGGUUAAAAGAUCUCAACACCAUUGAUGAUACCUUAUCAGCUAACUACAGUGCCCUCUCCUCUCAUCCCAGAAGAAUCACCAGCACAUUUCCCCAGUUUCUGGAGGAUGCAGUUGAUUAUGAAAAGGCCCCCACGGAGGAUCUGCAAAUUGACUAUGGAGGUGAAAGCACCACUCCUUCCUGCAGCACUGCCAGCCCUGGGGAGGAUUUUCACUUCCUUUCUCAACUUUCAAAUCCCCCAGGAGGGCUGCAAACUCAUCCUUACUAUACUUCUGAUGUGUCACCCAAUAAGACUGAGAUGGCCUUUUCCACAUCCCUGAGCCCUCACUGUAAUGUGAAAACUCAUUCCUUCCACCAGGGACAAGCCUUUGUUCGUCGAGAUGAAGAGGGGGGCUGGAAGUUUACCUGGGUUCCUAAACAGUCUUAGUGACUCCUCUUCUAUCACAAAGGACUGCCAUGAACUCUGUUUACAAAGACCUCUCUUGCACUUGAACCUGACUAUGUGGAAUGCAGAAGCUAUUUCCCAGACUGCCUCCUGUCACUUUAAAUGUCACUCUCAAUUACCCACUUAAAUCUGCAGGGAAUGGCUUCCAAGAUUCUAUAA